AUGGCGUCUACCGUUGACUCCAAGCUGCUGAAGCGGACCAAGUUUCCACCCGAGUUUAAUCGGAAGGUGGACAUGACGAAGGUCAACAUUGAGGUUAUGAAGAAAUGGAUUGCCAGCCGAAUUUCCGAGAUUCUUGGAAACGAAGAUGACGUUGUUAUUGAGCUCUGUUUCGGGCACUUGGAAGGGCCUCGCUAUCCCGACAUCAAAUCUCUCCAAAUCCAACUCACCGGAUUCUUAGACAAAGAUACCUCCAAGUUCUGUCAGCAGCUAUGGUCCCUGUGUCUUAGUGGACAGGACAGCCCGCAGGGUGUCCCAAAGGAGCUUUUAGAAGCCAAGAAACUCGAACUUAUUCAAGAAAAGCUGGAAGCCGAAAAGGCCGCAGAAGCUGCUCGACGACAAAAAGAACAAGACCAAAUUCGCGAACGAGAACUCGACAAUGUCACAGUGAUCGUGGCCGUGGAGGUCGAGACUUCGAGAGACGUUCUCCCCCUCCCAGAGAUCAAGGCCGCUACUCAGACCGAUUCCGUGAACCCCCCUCGCGACGUGACUUUGACUCUUAUGUGCCGCCUGGUAAUCGUCGAACCCGUCAAUCAUCCAGAUCUCCUGCAUACUCUCGCUCUCCAUCUCGCACUCGAUCCCCCAAACCAUCAUCACCCCGCCGCGGUCGUGAUGAGCCCCGCCACCGGCCCCGCGAACGCCGUCGCCGCUCCCCCAGCAGAUCAGUAUCUCCCCAGCGACGGAACCGCGGAGGAGCGAGAAGGCCCAGCCCGGACUACGGUGACCGUGCUAGAUCCAGAUCCAUUCCUUCCCGCAGUCCCUCGCGCUCACGUUCCGUCAGAGGAAACCGCCGCAGCCUUUCUUUGUCUCCUCCCCACGACCAACACCCAAGAGACGCUGACAUCAAAUCCAAGUCUCGUUCCCCCUCGCGGUCCCGCCGCCCAUCUGGAAGGUCCCGUCGAGAUCGCGAUUCCCGCCGCUUGA